CGUAGAUACCCUGCAUCAAAGUGACGGUACUAGGAAACACGUGUUGUCACUGGAAUAUGUGAGCUACUUUGCAAACCUAGAAAGUGCAAAUCGUGUAGCUCGGAUAAGCUGUCUUUGCAGCCUGCAAAGAAGACUGACGAAAUGGCUGCACUUUAUUCUGGGAUUCACCUCAAACUAAAAAAUUCAAAGGUUCCCUGGGAGGACAAAUUAAAACUGGCCCAUUUUGCUUGGAUAUCUCAGCAGUACUUCAUUCCGAACAAAGAACAGGUUUUACUCGAUUGGGUUUGUCACACUCUAUUUACAAACUGUGCCAAAAAAUUGGAUCUAAAGGAUGACACUGAACAAAAGCUAUGGAGCUUUCUAGACAAUAUUCUACAUAGCAAGAAGCUACAAAAUUUUCUGAAGAAGGGCAAAUCUUUAAACCUUCGCUUCACUAUUGCACAGGCCAUAAAUGAUUUUAUUGAAUCCUCUUGCAGUCAGAAAGGACCACAGACUGGCACCGGCACAGUUCUUAGCUGCUGUCAUGCUAUUCUUUCAACUCCUUCUCUUGCCUUUGUAUACACUGCCAAGUGUGAACUCAUUGUGGAACUGCUAAAUAAGCUGUCUGUAUUGGCUUGUCGUUGUUUAGCUUUAAAGGAUCCCAUUACAAAUCAAGUGCUUGAAGUGCUUCUGGUGUCUUUAAACCAAUACAUUAUAAUACAGAGGCAGCAGAACAACCCAAACAGAAUAUUUGGCCAAGUUGUGGCACAGCUUUUCCAACCCUUAUUGAUAUUAAGGCACACCUUAAAUAAUUAUGCUUGGGAUAGAGAUAAUGACAGUCGUGUUGGCAUCCAGCACAGUAAGGAAAUUCGUUGCAAAGCAGAGUCUGUUCUUCAAAUGGGCAUUUUUCAGACUGAGCUCCUUUCUUCUUACAAAGAGGAGUUACUCGCUGAAAAAGACUUUUUAGAGAAGAAAAAAGGACCCCUCAAAAUCCUUUUAACACCUGUUGGAUCUCUCCUGUCGAAGUUAGAGGAUUCUAAUUUUUGUGAAAAAGAAAUCUAUAACUCUGUUGUAUCAAGUUCAAUACCUCUUCUUUAUAAACUGUUUUUGAAUUCCUACUGCAAAGAUGGAAACCAGCUGGUCUGUUUUAACAUGCUGGUCAGACUUUAUGAGUCCCUUCAGACUACAAUCAUUCAAGAAAAUAAUGAUCUACAUGUGUCAAAGUUGAACACAGGCCUAUAUGCUCUUGAUCAGAUUCUAAGCCUGGUCGUCAGUAAUGAUAUAUACAAUAUUGCUGUGGACCGAAUAAGGCACCAAGAAGUUCAAUAUAAUUUCUACAGUAAAUUAGCAAAAAAACUUAUAUACAGCUAUCGUGCUCCUGUACCUGCCUGGUUCCGUUGUCUGAAAGAUUUAACCUUGUUAAAUCACCUAAUUGUAGAGCCUGAUAUGGAAGAACUAGUUUCAUGUGCAUGGGUUUUUGCAGACAUUUCAGACAUGCGGAUAAGGAAGGCCCAGGAAAUAUUGGUUGCUAGUUUGCUUGAGACUUAUGCCAAGCUUCGCCAGUUCCCAAAACUAUUUGAAGUAGUUCUAAUAGUAAUAUGUCGGCCAGCAUCCAAUGAACUUAAACAUCCAGUUUUGUCUCCUGCUUUAACACAGCAUUUUGUAGCUGCUCUUAUUGAACUUCCACCAAAUCAGAUCUUGGAUAUAUGGACAAUGAUUCUGGAAAAAUGCUCUUCUGAUGUUCUUCCAGUCAUUAAAAAUGACUCUGACACAUCACUAAAAUUGAUCUCACUUAGUGCUAUUCUGCAUUGUUUGCUAUUUAACAUGAAAAGUAUUGACCGUAAUACCCCACUGCCUGUUAUAUUACGUCUUCAAGAUUUAAUGCAGAAAAUGAUGGAUAAACUAAUAAAACCCUCACUUGAUCUUAUUAAUGAUCAUUGCAUAGAACCAUCUCCUGCACUUUGGCUUCUAAAGCUUUGUGAUUCAACUCUGUUGUUAGUAUACACCUGGCUAGAAGUAAAUACUAUGAUAACAUUGAACUGCAGUAAGUAUACAUCCCAGCUGAUUAAAGGACCUGUUGAAGCACAACUUGCUUUGGAACCAUGGGACUUUUCUCCACUUUUAAGAGAGAAAAGCUGUUGGGAGAAGAUACUAACCCUAACUAUGACAUCAAAUGCAGCAAGCAAGUACUACCUGGGACUACUUUCUGUGCAGAAAUUAAAACACAUUUUAAUGCAGAUCAGUUUCCCAAGUGAGACGAGUAUUAGCUCACUUAAAACAAUUGCAUCUUUUGUUUUUAAUCUCAGAGUUGAUCUUGUGAUUCCUGAGAAGUUUGAAUCCUGGGGGGGUAAUACAAACACAGUUAACCAGGAUUGUUUCCCAGUCGCCUACUGGCACCUAAUUACAUCAAACCUUUUAAUCCUCUAUCCGUAUGUUACAGCCGAAGAAACCAAAACUGUAGCGGAUUUUCUUCUUGAAACACUAUUACUGACAAAGAGUGAAGAAGACCAUGAACAGGCAAUCACACUGAAAAAUAUAUCUGUUGGCUUGCUACAGAGUGAUAUUUUUGCAGAGAUGCGUGCCUUGCAAUGUGCUUUCCUCACCAGCAUCAUCAAAAAAUGUGCAGGUAUAAUGCAGAAUGAGCAUAACAAUAUAAGUGAAAUACUUGCUCUACUUUCAACGGACAGUUUAAAUUGGCAUGAAGAAGUUUUUUCUACCAGAAAAGUAUCAAAAGAGUGUGAAAAUGCUACUCUUGAUAAUGCUUCCCUUUGUUGGCUAAACAUGGAAAAUGCUGCUAAAAAGAUAUUGUAUGUGACAAGAUGUGAAAAUGGUCUUGGUUUGAGUGACUGUCAUACAGCUCAGCUUGUAAAUGUGAUUAGUUUUCUCUCUGAGAUCAAACCUGACAGCCUCACACCAUUAGAUCAGAGCCGAUGCUUUCUGUUACUGCUUUCAUUAGCAAGAGCAGACAGUUCUCCCAGAACCCUUCAUCAUCUAACAAACUGUUAUAAAAUCCUGUCAUGUCUUCUUACUGGAAAGCAUUCCACUGGUGUAUUCAAACUACUGUAUGCUAGUGACAUCCUCGAAAUUGUUUUUAAUUCACUUUUUAAAGCUAAUUGGAAUCAGUAUGAAGAAGAUGGGAGGAAUCAUGGUUGGUUGGAAUUUGUUGAGAUUCUGCAUUCUUUUUUUGAAUCCUUUUUAAAACUGAUUGUCGAGAGAAAGCAGAGUGUUCUCAUUAAUCUGGAAAAAUGUACAGCCUUCUUGCUGACUUCUGUACCUUCUGCAGAUGACAUAUGCUGGACUUCUUCAGUGCAUCACUUGUAUUUAGUGGCUGUUAAUACUUUGUGUGAGGUUAUAACUUUUUUGCUGCUGGAGCAACGUGCAAACAAACAACGAGCUGAAGCAUUUGCCUCUCUUUUGCAAAAAGUUGUUUUAAAAAUGGGUACAACAGUCAGUCAAAGCCUAAAGGUCAGUGUCGCUACUCGUCUGCUGCCAUCCUUCCUUGUAUCAUGCGUGACCAGUCUUCUGGAAGCAGAAUUGAGCUGUUUGUCUCUUAUGGAAACAAGUAACAUGAAACUGGAUAGCUACAAGUACAAUAAAGAGCUUCUCAACACAGAACUGUAUAAAAGGUUUUCCUCCCAAAUCAUGAAGGAACUUUGCUACGCAGAGGAUCAGACUGUAUUUCUAAAAUCUUCCUUGCAUUAUUUGGCAAAAUGCAUUACAGCAAAAGAAACCUGUAUUCCUCAGGAAAGCACUGUCCUCACAAUGUUUGGUUCGAUUAAGAAGCUACUGACUGCUCCAUGGAUUAAUGUUCAGAUCACGUGGAGUAUACUUGAAGAAGUAAGUGAACUUUAUAAUCAGAUGGCACAGAUCUGCAGCAAUGAGGAAUUCUAUACAAUGUUAAAGCUAGCCCUACAAUGGCUGGAAGUCCGAAACCUAUGGGAAAAAAAUGAUAAGGAUCAAUUUGCCGGUAUCACAAUUAUCAAGUUGUUUCUUACUUGCUACUUAAGUGAAGACAACAGAAAACUGUUCUGGUUUUCAGCACCCCAAGUCAUUACAUCAUUGGUGACUCUAAGCAAAGAAGCUUGCAGAAACCGCUUACUGCUUCCAACUAUUGUUGUACCUUCACUGGAGGUGAUUGCCUUGCUAUUGAGGCAGGGAGAAGGGUUCCUGACAAAUCCCCACCAUAUUACACUCUCCUUCGACAUUCUCUUAGCAGUGCCUCUUGAUCAUUUGAAGGCAGAGGAUUACUACAGCAUUUUCCUGGGAGUUCAUGAAGUUUUGUUCUCCAUACUGCAGUGUCAUUCUAAGGCUAUGUUACAAUCUGUACCAUCAUUCCUCAACAGCUUUUACAAAUUGGUUUCAUCUGUAAUGCAUGAAGGAAGGCAGAAAGGAGACAAAGUUUCCCAAAUCUUGUCACCUGAAUUUGAAGUUGUGCUGAAAUGUGCGCGAUUAGUAGAACGCAUGUAUACCCACAUUGCAGCAAAAACUGAGGAAUUUACUGUAUUUUCAGCUUUUAUUGUUUCCCAGUACAUAAAUGAACUUCAGAAGGUGACCUUGAAUUCUGCAGUGAAAAAACAUUUAUCUGAGGGAAUUUUCCACAUUUUGGACCUGUGCAUUGAACGAGAUAUCAAAUUCUUAAAUGCAUCUUUACCUAUGGGACUAAAAGAAGUGUUCAAAGAGUUGUACAAUGAGUAUACUCACUACUAUAAAACAAAGAACCAAGCAGAUGAAAAAUAUAAGGCCUGAAAAAAAGAAUUAACCAUAUAAAUAUUUAUGUAUGGUGCCUAAAUAAAUAAAUGUAAAUAUAACUUGCACUUUUAUUUACUUUUGUAUCUGGCUUUAAAAUAAUGUAUUUUCAUUUAUACAUUUUAAUACCCAGACUGUACUUGGUUUCUGUUAUGUAACCAAAUAAACAAAAUUAAAUCUUUUAAA